AACUUUCUCUCUCGCGCCUCCCACUACAACAAACGCCACUUGAUAACAAGAGACAUAACACAGUGAUCCUACGAGUCUAAAUAUCUCUCGCAAUACUUCCAUCUGAAGACACAAACAAUAUACUAAGAACAAGCCCACCAUGUCUCGCCAUCACCCCGAUCUCGUAAUGUGCCGCAAGCAAUCUGGCAUAUCCAUCGGCCGCCUCUGCGACAAAUGCGACGGCAAGUGCCCCGUCUGCGACUCGUACGUGCGCCCCACGACUCUCGCCCGCAUCUGCGACGAAUGCUCCUUCGGCAACUACCAGAACAAAUGCGUCGUCUGCGGUGGCGAGGGCAUUUCCGACGCUUUCUACUGCUUUGAAUGUACACGCCUCGAGAAGGAUAGAGAUGGGUGUCCCAAGAUUAUCAAUCUGGGAAGUAGUCGGACGGAUCUGUUUUACCAGAAGAAGAAUUUUAGAAAUCAUUGAUGGGGAGCUGGGGAUAUCAGUGUGUGUAUGGAAUGGGAUCGUGCCGGAUGCGUUAUGCGCUGGUAAGAGAAGAGCAGAAGAGCAGAAGAGCAUGGAAAAGCAGACAUUACGAUUCGAUACAGAGGCGUUUUAGGAGUCCAAGAUACCUCGAGAUUGUUCUUAACGGUACCUAUUCUUCUUUGGUUUAUUCAAAGUUGUGGAAACACCA